GACGAGUCACACGCCCUCCGAUCGUCAUGUCAAAAGGCCGCAGCCAAAAAGUACGAGUCGCCAUAGCUUAGGACCUUCCAGAACCCAGUAGAAGAUCAGCGGAGGUUACGUUUGACCGCGGGAAAACCUAUUUUGCAAUUAAGAACCAGCAGCCAGUCUCGUUUCCUAGUCAAUAUCGAGAAUGUGGGACAAUUUGCUUCGGGAUGUUUUCUGGGGUGUGGGUUUCCUCGCGGUAUCCGCGUUAGUAGCGCUAAUAACCUUCCAGGAGAAGCUCCUAUACGUCCCCGUGGUUCCCGGCGCGACGCGCGAGUACCCGUUCACUCCGGAGCGCCUCCGGAUGCACUUCGAGGAUGUCUGGCUGACGGCGAAAGACGGAGUUAAACUCCACGCGUGGCUCUUAAAGUACAGCGCGACGACUCGAGGUCCAACGAUUCUCUUCCUCCAAGAGAAUGCCGGAAACAUCGCGCAUCGCCUGGAGUCGUCGCGCUACACCAUGGACCGUCUGCACUGCAACAUGCUGCUGCUGUCGUACCGAGGCUAUGGUGCCAGUGAGGGCAAGCCAACAGAGCAAGGCCUCCGACUGGACGCGCAGGCAGCAUUGGAUCACCUGCUGGGAAGGGAGGACAUAGACCCCAAGCGCAUCGUUGUGUUUGGGAGGUCAUUGGGAGGGGCUGUUGGGGCCGACCUUGUGCACCGCAACCCUGGCAAGGUCGCCGCGCUGGUGGUGGAAAAUACGUUCACAUCGGUGCUGGACAUGGCAGGGGUGGUCCUCCCCGUCUUGAGCAACCUCCUUUCAACCAAGGGCGUCAGGCCACUGAACGGGCUGGUCAGGUCGCAGUGGCGAACAAUUGACGUCAUUGGGAAGGUUGACACCCCGAUUCUAUUUCUAUCCGGCGCAAAGGACGAGCUUGUGCCGCCCGCGCACAUGCGCCUGCUGUACACCGAAGCACAGAAGAACACAGUUGGCAGCUCGCUAUUCGUUGAGGUGGCGGCAGGGGGGCACAUGGACACGUGGCUGAGGGGGGGGCAGCGGUACUGGCGCGUGCUGAGCCUGUUUAUAACGCAUCAUGCUGGAGGGAGUGCAGGGGGAGGGGAGGGGGAGCGAGGAGGGAACGUGGAACUUCUAGAGGAAGUGGAUGAGGUGGUGAGGGAGUCGGCAGGAGAGCUGACUUUGAGAAGAGUGGCGGAUGGUGCGAAGAUGUGAUCAUUCUGGCUUCACACGCUACAUGGGGCUUCGUUUAUAAUGUUCACCCUGCAUCAUGCAGGGGGGAGAGUGGGGUGGAAGUGGAUGAGGUGGUGAGGGAGUGGGUGGAGGAGUUGAUUCUAGGAAGAACUGUAGAUGGUGCUAGGCUGUGAUGUGAGUGGUUGGUUGGUCAUGUGUUUUGAUGUUGCUGUGGAUGGACCUUCUGCCUGGCCGCUGUUGGAAAUAUCUCGAGGACUUGAGCGUUUCUGAAGUGUAACACCACACUCGAGAAAGAUCGUAAUGAGUACGCGAGUCAACGGAGGUUACACGAGGGGGAGGACAAAGAACACGAAAGGACUCGAAGGGUUGCAACCGGAGGUUGCGACUGACCGUUACAGCUGCAAGGAUGGUAACCGAAGCGACAAUCGAGU